AUGUUUUAUGGUCGCCUUGCAGCGACGUGGGCCCACGGUACCUCAGUAGGUCCAGGUUACAUCAGCGGGUCCACGGUACCUCAGCGGGCCCACGGUACUUCAGUGGGCCCACGGUACCUCAGUGGGUCCAGGUUACAUCAGCGGGUCCACGGUACCUCAGCGGGCCCACGGUACUUCAGUGGGCCCACGGUACCUCAGUGGGUCCAGGUUACAUCAGCGGGUCCACGGUACCUCAGCGGGCCCACGGUACUUCAGUGGGCCCACGGUACCUCAGUGGGUCCAGGUUACAUCAGCGGGUCCACGGUACCUCAGCGGGCCCACGGUACUUCAGUGGGCCCACGGUACCUCAGUGGGUCCAGGUUACAUCAGCGGGUCCACGGUACCUCAGCGGGCCCACGGUACUUCAGUGGGCCCACGGUACCUCAGUGGGUCCAGGUUACAUCAGCGGGUCCACGGUACCUCAGCGGGCCCACGGUACUUCAGUGGGCCCACGGUACCUCAGUGGGUCCAGGUUACAUCAGCGGGUCCACGGUACCUCAGCGGGCCCACGGUACUUCAGUGGGCCCACGGUACCUCAGUGGGUCCAGGUUACAUCAGCGGGUCCACGGUACCUCAGCGGGCCCACGGUACUUCAGUGGGCCCACGGUACCUCAGUGGGUCCAGGUUACAUCAGCGGGUCCACGGUACCUCAGCGGGCCCACGGUACUUCAGUGGGCCCACGGUACCUCAGCGGGUCCAGGGUACCUCAGCGGGCCCAGGGUACCUCAACGGGUCCAGGGUACCUCAACGGGUCCAGGGUACCUCAACGGGUCCAGGGUACCUCGACGGGUCCAGGGUACCUCAACGGGUCCAGGGUACCUCAACGGGUCCAGGGUACCUCAGCGGGUCCAGGGUACCUCGACGGGUCCAGGGUACCUCAGUGGGUCCAGGGUACCUCAGCGGGUCCAAGGUACCUCAACGGGUCUGGGGUACCUCAGCAGGCCCACGAAGGCUUUACGGGCUUUACGGGCACAUGAAUUGUAA